AGCCAGUGGAAAAUUCCAGCUACUCUGACCCUCAGCGUUAUUAGCGCUUCAACUAGCGGAAGAGAAAGAAGUACUGACUAUUCGCUCGAAACAAUCAAACAAGAACUACUGCGAGAUCAUUUAUUUGGACUCUGCUCAUUCACCUCACUGAAGAACACCUGAACCUACAUCACCUGAUUUUUGCUUUUACUUUUUCAUACAUCUUCCUUUGUCACUCUUUCAAAGCUUUAUCACUUUGUCAUGUCUCAGCAGCAGAUCAGCCUCCCAGCCAAACUCAUUAAUGGCGGCAUUGCUGGCAUUGUUGGGGUUACUUGUGUCUUCCCCAUUGACUUGGCAAAGACCAGGUUGCAGAAUCAGAGACGAGGUCAGCAGGUCUACAAAAGCAUGAUGGACUGCCUUGUCAAGACAGUUCGAUCAGAGGGAUACUUUGGAAUGUACAGAGGUGCUGCUGUAAAUCUGACCUUGGUUACCCCUGAGAAGGCAAUCAAGCUGGCUGCCAAUGACUUCUUCCGGCACCACCUUGCCAAAGACGGAAAGGGGCUGACAGUGUUCAAAGAGAUGCUGGCAGGCUGUGGUGCAGGCAUGUGCCAGGUCAUUGUUACUACCCCCAUGGAAAUGCUCAAGAUACAACUACAGGAUGCAGGCAGACUUGCGGUCCAACAACAGAAACCAGUCAUGAUGACUCCCACAAAGCUUGUGGCCACUAAUGCAGUGCUCAGUCGCUCUUACAAUUCUGGCAUGGUCAUUUCUGCACCAAGAGCUGUGUCGGCUACACAGAUUGCAAAAGAACUCCUCCAGACGCAGGGCAUCCAGGGGCUCUACAAAGGUCUGGGGGCCACACUGAUGAGAGAUGUCCCCUUUUCUAUUGUUUACUUCCCAUUGUUUGCUAAUCUGAAUCGCCUGGGCAAACCAAGUCCUGAGGCGUCGUCACCCUUCUAUUGGGCCUUCCUCUCAGGCUGUGCUGCAGGAUCCACUGCUGCGGUGGCGGUUAACCCCUGUGAUGUGGUGAAGACCAGAUUGCAGUCAUUGAACAAGGGGGCUAGUGAGGAGACUUACAGUGGAGUGGUGGAUUGUAUAAGUAAAAUAAUGCAGAAGGAGGGGCCUUCAGCAUUCCUGAAAGGUGCCAGCUGCCGGGCUCUGGUCAUCGCACCUCUGUUUGGCAUUGUACAGGUUAUGUACUUUGUUGGUGUUGGUGAAUACAUCCUUGACAACUCACCCCUACGCCUCUUAGGACCAUGAGACCAUAUCAUCUUGCUGACUAGCUAUGCAUGGGACCUGGUAGAAGACCUAGCUGCUACAUGUAUUCAGUUUACAGCAAGAAAAACAAGUAGACAGAAAGACCUAUGAUUUCACUAUCUUUACGGUCAAAACGUGGUGUUGCACUUAAACCCUUUUGUUACUUGUUCAGUAGGCUGAAGCCAGUGUUUGCGCUUGAAGCUGGUAGCUUUACUGCAUUGGGGCCUCUCUUGACCCUAAACAGUUGUUUUGUUUCCCUCUGUGAGGGAAGGGAGCUUGCUUUCUUGAUCACGACUUUUCUUUUUUUUCUAAAACUUGUUUUUGACGUUAUUUAAAGUAGUUUGUUAUGAGAGUUUGUAGUACUUUAUUUAUGUGUUGUUGUUGUUGUUGUUGUUGUUGUUGUUGUUGUU